AUGAGUAGGGGUGGGGACGCUGAAGGAAAGCCCUGAUACCAAACUCUUGCCAGAGGCCUGAGUGUAGUUUUCUCAUAUUUAUUAGUGGGGGACCUUUAAUUCUUUCCUGUGUAUUUAUCAGCCUGAGCAUUUAUGGGGAAGGGCGAAAGGAACAUGGAAUUCUUCCCCUCCAAUUUCUGGGAGGGAUACUGGCAGAAUUUCACAGAGUUUCUUUCCCCUCUCAGGAAGAUGGACAUGAAAGGAUGUGAGCGGGUGGAAAAGAAGCAGCUGUUGGCCUCAGAGGAGAAGGUGAAACUGGCUGAAGAGGAAACACGGCAGUACAAGAGAAGACUUGAAGAAUGUCACGGGCAAAUGCGGGAAGCAGAGAUCACUUGGAGACACCAGGUUGCUCUUGCUGAGAAGAAGGCCCAAGACAACUGGCUCAGGGCUCAGGAGCUGGAGAGGGAAAAUGCUGAGUUGAGAAGGGAGAAUGCCCACCUGAAACAAAGACUGGACAUAACAUUCAGAGAGAGGCAGGCAGAGGAAUACAUGAGGCAGGAGCCCACCCCAGGAGGACCACACAGGCUGUCUCCUCCCCUGAGAGAUUCAGGACCUAGUGCAGCUCCGGUGCAGAACGGCAACUCCUGCCCUCCUGAGGCGGCCACAGAGGCCCAGGUUACUUUUGAUGCAAGAGGGCCCCAUCCUUUCCCUGGGCCACCUCCACCUGAGCCACCCUUGUGCCCUGUGCAGCCUCGCCCAGCACCACCAACUGCUCCACUUGAUGGAAUGUCAAUCUGCCAAUUUGGAGAAGGCAAAGAUAAAGAAUCUACUGAUAAGGAGGAAGGGGCGACUGAGCCAGAAAUUGAAACACCAGAAGAUGUUCCUGAGACUGUUGAAAUUGCUCCAGAGGAAGUAACACUUCCUAAUGCGUUGACCUCUGUUGAUGGAGCACAGCAAACUAACAUGUCGGAUGGUGUCACCUCGGCCAAGAGAAGAGAAUAA